CAUGGCUCAGUUCACUUACAGCAGACUAUCCCAUUUUCUGAAAAUAUCUGCUAAUAAAGCUACUUUUAUACGACAAGGGACUGAAAUAAACCACGGAGCUCCAUGCUGUCUACAGUUCACCCGCUGCCACCGCUCUGUAGACAGUAAGGCGUUACAGGAGAGACAGAAACAGCAGAUGGCAAGAGGACUUCCAAAACAGAAACCAAUCACAGGGGUCAAACAGGUCAUUGUUGUGGCUUCGGGAAAAGGAGGUGUGGGCAAGUCCACCACUGCAGUGAAUCUGGCACUUGGAUUAAUGGCCAACAAUCCAUCAAAGUCAGUUGGCCUGUUGGAUGCUGAUGUCUACGGUCCUUCAAUUCCCAAACUGAUGAAUCUGAAGGGAAACCCAGACCUCAGUGACAAUAACCUGAUGGUCCCACUCACUAACUAUGGGAUUCCUUGCAUGUCCAUGGGCUUCCUAGUGGAGGAUGUGGCGCCUAUCGUGUGGAGGGGGCUGAUGGUGAUGUCAGCUAUAGAAAAACUGCUCAGACAGGUGGACUGGGGGUCGUUGGACUAUCUAGUAGUUGAUAUGCCUCCAGGAACAGGAGAUGUCCAACUAUCAAUCACACAGAACAUCCCAGUAGCAGGUGCUGUCAUUGUGUCGACGCCACAGGACAUUGCUCUCCUCGACGCUCGCAGAGGAGCUGAGAUGUUCAAGAAAGUUCAUGUUCCGGUUCUUGGUCUCGUACAGAACAUGAGCGUCUUCCAGUGCCCCAAGUGUAAUCAUCAGACUCACAUCUUCGGUUCUGAUGGGGCCCGGCAGCUCGCAGACACUCUUGGAGUUAAAUUCCUAGGUGACAUUCCUCUUCAUCUGAACAUCAGAGAGAUGUCAGACAGAGGGACACCAGUGGUCGUCUCCUCCCCAGACAGCCCUGAGGCCGAGGCAUACAAGAAGGUUGCAUCUGUUGUAGUCCAGAGACUCGAGGAAGUCAGCUCCUGAUAGCGCUGCCAGGAAGUCAACUUGUUGACAAUUAUGAUACAUAUGAAACAACUACCUAUGAAAUACAUGAAGCAGAAACGCACAAAAAUCUUCAGUCAUAACGCACAAAAGUUCAACUCUGAAGCACUGCGCUGUAAGAAUACUGUAUAUCAGUUCAGCAGUAUUACUGAAUUAAUGUGAAUCAUAUAGUUAUGCGAUUGUAUUUAAUAAAAUGGUGAGCCGAA